AUGUUAUGCGGCAGCCGGCUUACCGAACUAAGCAAAACUAUCGUGCCCCGGAAUGCUUCAUUUGAAUCCCCAGCCCGACCUCCGCCUUUUUCUGGACAUGUUGGUGUCCACCUCGAAUCCGACACGGUUCGUGGACCGCUUCCCUUUUUCAACCCAACGCAAGCGCGCUUUCAGCUGGACGAACAUGCGCAGCUGCAUCCCAAGUUGCUCGAGGACAAGAUUCCGCAUCCCUAUGCAACCCAAGUCGCAUUGCCUGGCGUGGUCAUCAAUUGGAGGUCUCGAGACAAUCGUAAAGGGCGACACCCGCUGGGUGUCGACUCUUUCCACCCGGACUCAACAGCAAGCUUCCGCGUCGUCAGCCGUGGCCUGUUGCGUAUGUGCACCGAAUGCCCAUACUGGGACGUUUCCUACCUAGUCGGCGUCUUUUUCUCCGUCGGAUGCCUACUUUUCGUAAUCAGUGGCCUGUUCUAUUGGCUGCCGCUCGUAGCUCCAGCCUCCGAGUUUUCCACCGAGACCACGGCUGGAGACAUACUUUCAUUUGUCGGAGCCACGCUGUUCCAGAUCGGAGCGGUUCUUCUUGUAUUUGAAGCGUGCAACGAGAACCGUACGGGAUGCUUUGGAUGGGCCCUCUACCAAGCUCUCAAAGGAGACGAUAGUGGAUCCCUCGGGGAUAUAUUCGCCAAAGCCGACGUUUAUAGCUGCCAACAUCACCACCAGCGGAGACGCAGGCCUGAUUCAGUGAGGCAGCAGCUGCCCGCCCCGCAGCAAUCACCCCCGCCGGAACGCCAAUGGACCUGGUGUCCUACCUGGCACGAGCUGAAGACGCACUAUUUCCACGAGAUAGGAUUCAUGGCUUCCAUUUCAAUGUUCGUUGGCGCUACCAUAUUCUACGUUUGCGGUAUAUGUACGCUCCCUUGGAUAUAUAACAACCUGAGCAUGGGUGUUCUUGAGGGCGUGUACUAUCUGACCUAUCUUGUGGGCGGUGUCUUCUUUAUUAUUUCCUCGGCCCUGUACAUACUGGAGACCCAGCCAACUUGGUACACCCCGGCGCCACAUCUGCUAGGGUGGCAUAUUGGGUUGUGGAACCUGAUCGGGUCUAUAGGCUGGACCCUGGCGGCCUCGUUUGGUUACUGUACCCGCAGCUGGUGUGCCUAUCAGAGCUACUUGACCUUGACCUGGGCCUCUGCCGCUUUUUUGAUUGGUAGCAUGCUGCUUUGGUACGAGGCACUUCAAAAAUAUCCUGUGGAGAAAGUGAGAUAA